CAUGCUGUGCUGCCUGGCGUGUGAGACUUUGUUUUAAGUUGGACGUGGAGAGGUCAUGAGCUCUUUCUAAUGACACUUUACACUCGAGAGGGUCAAUAUAAACGCAUGGUGACCUAAAAAAAAAAAAAAGGAUGGCCAGAACAGGAGUGUGUUGCGCCAGCCUGGAGGACCCCAGGGCCCUGAUGAAGAUGGGUCUCAGCAUGGUGCUGGUGGGCCACGUCAACUUCAUGCUGGGAGCGCUGGUGCACGGCGUGGUGCUGCGCCACAUCAACCUGCACAAGCAGGCCAGGGCCAUGGAGUACGCCAUCUCCAACGUGGUGGCGUUCACAUCCGGCCUAAUGGGAGUCGUGGUGGGCAUUCUGGCGAUCGUCCAGUCCAAAAACAAGGGGAGGAGAAGCCUGACCUGGUCCCUCUUCAUCAUGAGCUUGGCUUCCUCCCUCAUGGCGGCCGCGGCUGCCGUCGGCCUCUUGGUGUCGGUGGUGAGGGCCAUCAUUCACGGCGGGCGCAGCCUCCUGACGCACUGCCGCUUCCCCGACGCCAUCGGCUACUCCAGCAUCACCAACGAGUGUCCUUUCGACCCCACGCGCAUCUAUAGCACCACUUUGAUCCUGUGGGUUCCUCUCAUCGUCACCUGUAUCGUCCAGCUGAUAUUUUGCGCCCGCUGCUUGUCCGUGUGCGUGUCCUUCCUGGGCCUGCCUUGUUGUUGUUACCUGCAGAGGAAGCGCCCCAGAGAAGCUCGAGCGAUCAGAGUCGCGAGGCCGCUUGAGGAACUGGCCGCGUCUCGCGUUACCAAACCGAGACACCACUCGGAAACGCCUACGAACCGCUACACGGAAACCCCGAGGAGUUCUAGCGAGCCCAGGAGGCAGGUGUCACAACAGGUGAGGCAACAGCGCCCUCAACGUCCCCCGACGCAGUACAGGAGCCUCCCGCCUACGCAGAGGCAGCCUCCUCGCCAGCAGCCGAGCAGGCAAAGGCCGCAGACGCCCCACCAGGGCCAAGGAAUCCAACAGAGGCCGCCUGAACAGCACCACCUACUGGAGAGAGGGACUCUAGACCGAUCCAGUUUCUGGAUUUAGUCCGAGAAGUAAGUGGACUUAUGGAGAUGAUAUUUCACCGUGGACCUGAAGUUCUUUAGGUAACUCUGCUCAUCUCUAUCAGAGCAGUUUUAUCAGAACGUUCUCAAAAGGUGCAAUAUAAAUGUUUGUUGUUUUGUUCCGUUUUAUACUAAUCGGUGUUCCUCACAUUUUCACCCGCUUUUGCAGUUCUACGCAAUCCGCAACAAUGAUGACAAAUUAUGUUAAAGGAAUAACAUGCUUGAAUAAUUUUUAUAUGCAUGUUAUCAACAGUUCCGAUGCAAAAUCCUCAUUUGUUAAUUGAUACUAAUAACGGCAUAACUAUUAUGCCGUUAUUAGUAUCAUAACGGCCUAAUAGUUUAUCUAUGGCUAGCUACCACAAACCCGAUGAGAAAAUCCUGCAGGGGCUGAAGGAUAUCGCCAACAAGCUGAGAAUUCACUCUUUAAACGGAUAAACGAUAAACCUUCCGAUAAACAUUCAUGUUGUCAAAACAAUUCUGAUAAAAAUACUCCUUAGAUAAAUAUUGUGCUCUGUGAGCAUUUUUAUCUGAAUAAUAUAAAAAAAAUUCCUAUACAAAUACUCGCUUGUUAGAUAUCGGGCUCUCUGAACAUUUUUGUCGGAAAGUUAUCAAGAAAAUUCCCCCACCCCCAAAAACUCACUUGAUAAAUAUUGUGCACUGUUAUCAAAAUAUUCCUAUAAAAAUACUUGAUGAAUUAAUAUCGCACUCGCUGAGAAUUUUUAUCGGAAUGUUAUCAAACAAUUCCCGCACAAAUACUCACUUGAUAGAUAUCGCGCUCGCUGAACAUUUUAUCGGAAAAUUAUCAAGAAAAUCCCCCCCCCCCAAAAAAAUUCACUUGAUAAAUAUUGUGCGCUGUUAUCAAAAUAUUCCUAUAAAAAUACUUGAUGAAUUAAUAUCGCACUCGCUGAGCAUUUUUAUCGGAAUGUUAUCAAACAAUUCCCACACAAAUACUCAUUUGAUAGAUAUCAGGCUCUCUGAACAUUUUUAUCGGAAAGUUAUCAAGAAAAUCCUCCCCCCCCAAAAAAAUUCACUUGAUAAAUAUUGUGCGCUGUUAUCAAAAUAUUCCAAUAAAAAUACUUGAUGAAUUAAUAUCGCACUCGCUGAGCAUUUUUAUCGGAAUGUUAUCAAACAAUUCCCACACAAAUACUCACUUGAUAGAUAUCGCGCUCGCUGAACAUUUUUCUCGGAAAGUUAUCAAGAAAAUCCCAUGGGAAAAAAACCUCACUAAAUAAAUAUUGUGCACUGUUAUCAAGAAACCUCUAUGAAAAUAUUUGAUGAAUUAAUUUUUUUUAUUGUAAUGUUAUCAAAAUAAUUCCCAUAAAAAUACUUAAUAAAUAAAUACCGCGCACACUGAGCAUUUGCAUCGGAACGUUACCAAAAAGUUCCUGCAAAAUAUUUGAUAAAUUAAUAUCACGCUCACUGAGCUUUUGUAUUAAAUUGUUUUCAAAACAUUCCGAUAAAAAAUUUUAUAUAUUAAGAUUUCCAAGCAUUUUUAUAGAAAAAGCCAUCAAAAAGUUCCCUUUAAAAAUUCUCACUUGAUAAAUAUUGUGCACUGUUAUCAAAAAAGUCCUAUUAAAAAUACUUGACAAAUUAAUAUCGCGCACUCUGAGCAUUUUUAUCGGAAUUCUUAUGGAAAAAUUCUCACCUAAUAUCCCACUCUCUGAUAAGUUUAAUCGGAAUGUUUUCAAAAACAAUUUUUUUUAUAAAAAAUGCUUACUUGAUAAAUAAAUAUUGCACUCUUUGAACAGUUUGUAACCAAUUAUGAUAAAACUACUCGUACUAUGAGCAGUUUUAUUUGAACGUUAUUAAAAAAUGCCCAUAAAAACUCACUCGAUAAACAACUGUCACUCUCUCUCUGAGCAGUUUUAUCGGAAUGUUGUCAAAUUCCUAAAUAAAUACUCACUUUAUAAAUUAAUAUUGCGCUCUCUGAGCGUUUGUAUCGGAAUGUCAUCAAUUUAAAAAAGUGCUAAUUUGUUAAAUGAACAUUUCUCUCUAUGCAGUUGUCAGAAUUGUUUUCAAAAUAUAUACAAAAAUCCUUCCUCUUUUUUAUUAUUACAGUAUUAUUAAAUCAAAUUAUUUCAUCUGAACCUUAUCAACAAUUCUUAAAAAUGCACGUUGGUGUUCGUCGCUUUGAUUCAAAAAUAUACUGAGAAGUGUUGCUAAUAUCUUAAUAAAAUAAUUAUAAACAUAGUUCUAUUAAAAAUCUCACUCUGAGCAGUUUUAUCAGAACGGUUGGUACUUUUUUCUCAUCAGACUAUGCAGGUGUACCUAAUGUUGUGGUCUGGGUGUUACGAUGUGAGUGUGUGUGUAAUCAAGUGGAACAUGCAAGUGAUAUUUUGUAAUAUGCAAAACUACAAUGAUAUUUAUGAUUGUUUAAUUCAUUUUCAAUGUGGGGAAAUAUGAAACCUGUGUGCAAGGUGGCUGUACGGUAGUUUCUGGUCAUUAUGCCUGACUAAUAUUGUGUGAAGGUGUGUCAUCGCCGCUGUUGUUGUUUAUGUGCCCGCGUGUGUGUUUGUGUGUGUGUGUGUGUGUGUGUGUGCGCCCAUUUGUGUGAAGCCAAAGCCAACUAGUUUUCCGUAAAACUAGUUGCACAAGUAUUUUUAUUUAUUACAUUUUGUAAAAUAAAUUUUUUAUUCAUA